AUGACCGCUUUCACCGUACAUAGGCUUUCCCAAGCCGAGAUCAUGAUAAUUCGAUCCCAGGUGAUGCUGAGGUUGAGUAAGGCAGACACCGCCAAGGCACCUCGCCAUUUCGCUUCCCUAGGGUCCCGUAUUGCAUACGCGGAGGGCGUCAUGCAGAGCAAGGUCCAAUUAUUUAAAGAUAUGGAAGGCGACGCUCUCAUGAACGAUGAUGAUCAGCUGUCUCUCCCUGCACAGACAUAUCCGGGAUGCGCAGAGGACGACCCCAUGGCGGUUGUGUGUGAGGAUGUGCCUCAAGAGGAUGAGGAUGAGUAUCGAUUUCUCGAAUGA